AUGGACGGCUUACGAGACAAAGACCAAGCACGGAAAGGGACAAUCCGUGUUCACGACUACGACGACGACGACGAAAACGCUUCGAAGGGCUUUAUCCCCAUUGAUGAGUCUAUUCCAGAGAGGCUGUUCCUACAAGCCCUGCGCAGCCGCGGCGGCGACUGGGCCGGUCGGGGAAGUUCACACCCGCAAAAGGUCGACGUUGUACAUUGGAAACAGGCCUCCAAGUGCUCAGUAGAGAAGGAAACCCAUACAAAGACCAGCGUUGAUUGCAAGAAGACAGUCACAAAAACAGCUACCGCGACAUACACGAAGUAUCGUUCGACAGCCUCACCAGUCUACGCCGCCUGCGCGACAAACAACAUUGCCACCGCUUACAAAGGCCUACCGCUAUUCGGCCUCGCGGCAGGACCGAUCUCAGACCUUGAUGCCAACGUGAGCGGAUACUCCUACAGUUAUCCCGAUGUUACGGAAAGCUACAGCUGCUGUGUCGCAGCCAUCCUUUCCAGCCCUCCAGCUGCAUUCUGGGGGCUUUCAGAGAGCAUAUCGGACACGACAGACAAUGCUUGCAUCGUCGUCAACUUGGAUGGAUGCACGGCUCCAAGGACGAACCCGUCCACCGCUGGCAUCAGCUUCGAGAUUGAAACGUCAACAAAUGGAAAUGGGACUACGGAUGAUCGCGUUUACAGUGCUGGAAACGCUUACUGCGGCCAGUGGUUCCGAGGAUGCGUGAUUACGGAUAAUGGUACGCCUGAUGCUCGAUGUCUGCCCAGUUCGUGGCGGACAGAAGGGAGGUUCACCUCUCUGCAAGUUGCGGAGUUCCCGAAAGUCGCCGAGUAUGUGUAUCUCAAUGCUUGUUAUCCAAAGCUUUUCCUCGGUCUUGAUCAAACUUCUUCUUGUCUCGUGUGCCCGAACUUGUCGUAUUUCAUAUCCUUCUGCAGGCCAUGGUUAAUUGCUGGAGAUGACCUUUAUCUAGACGAAACUGGAGGAAGUCGCAUGUGA